AUGGCAGGUGUUGGAAAGACAACUCUUGCUAAGAAAGUAUUUGACGAUCCAUCUAUCCAGGCACAUUUCAAGCUUCCUCAACUGGAUCCCAACACUCGCGAUCACAUGCUUACCCAUGGGGAGGAUGAACAAAAAUUGGUUGGAAUCUUGGAAGAGAGUUUGAAGGAUAAGAAAUGUCUUAUUGUCUUGGAUGAUGUGUGGAAACAAGACACACAAUUAAUGGAUAACUUGUCACGAGAGAAUGUCAAGAUCUUGCUUACUGGUAGGCAAGUAACCACAGAAUCAAUAGUCAAAUGCGUACGCUUGUUGAAUGAAGAAGAAGGUAAGAAAUUGCUUGGUGAGAAGUUGUUUGGUGAAGAAGGUUUCCAGCCCCACCUUGAGAAAUUGGGAGAAAAGAUUGCCAAAAAAUGCGAAGGUCUUCCACUUAUGAUAGUCACAGUUGCAGAGCUCCUAUCCAAAAGAGACAUGACCCCAGAAUUCUGGACUGAGGCUAUGGGUGCAUUCUUGCUGGAGCAAUAUCCGGUGCCAAUACAUGCCAUGGAUUUCAAGUUGCUCAGGGUACUAGAUGCUCAUGAGGUUCGAUUUUACUAUAUCCCACUUGAGAUUAUGAAACUUAUAAGUUUAAAGUACCUUGCCCUAACAUGCAAUAAUGAGAUCCCUGUUUCCGUAUCCAACCUUUUUCACCUCCAAACCUUAAUUAUAAGGCGGCAUAUGGGCAUUAUAAAGCAUGGUUCUCAGUCAUUUAUUCCGGUGGAAAUAUGGGGCAUGCAAGAUCUACAAUGUAUCAAGAUCCCGGGAAGAGACCUACCAACCCCAAAUUUUGAUGCUACUUUGGAUAAACUCUCCUGUCUUUAUGGUAUGAGUGCAAAGAGUUGCAAUAGAGAAAUUUUGAAAAGAGUCCCUAAUUUAAAGAUGUUACAUAUUAUGCUGGAGUGGACGCCUUUCGAUGAUGAAGAUGAUCGCAGCCCACUGAGUGGCUUGGAUAAUAUCUCAGUUGAACUCCAUAAUUUGAUGCUACUUGACUAUACGGUAAUGAACCCUCAUAUGACAUACGAGUUUAUGGUUCCUCUUUCGACGUUUCCAUCAAAUUUGAUAACAUUGGGGUUGAGUGGCUUAGGGUGUUCAUGGAAGCAUAUGAAUGAUAUUGGUUCGCUCCUACCAAAUCUUAAACAGCUCCAUCUAGAAGAGUAUGCCUUUCGAGGCCCAGAGUGGAAUAUAGAAUCUGGUUGUUUUUUGAAACUUCAGUCACUUGUAAUUGAAGAUUUGGAUCUGGUGCGAUGGAGAGCUCAACAUGGAAGCCUCCCAAAGCUUCACCUAUAG